UCCCGUCCGUGCGACCGGCUUUGCAGCAGCAGCAGGCCCUGACGGAGAUGGCGCAGGUCAUUGCGAACGCGGCCAGGUCUUACAGUGUUGGUGUUAACAGGGAGGUCGAUGACAAUGGUGCUGUAGUUUGGGAUUACGAUCAGGUCAAGAAGUUGACAAAGGGCAUUGACCGCGGCAACAUCCUCCUCGUCGAUGUCCGCGAGGUCGACGAGGUCCAGCAAGGAAACAUCCCCACCUCCAUCAAUCUGUCCGUCAAGAGCCUCCAGGAAGCCCUCUCCCUCUCCGAGUUGCAGUUCCAGGACAAGUACGGCUUCGAGAAGCCACCAAAGGAGCAGGAGAUCGUUUUCUACUGCAGAUCAGGAAAGAGAAGUACAGCAGCGACUGCUAUUGCCAAGGCGGCUGGAUACAAGAACUUGGGCAACUACACCGGAUCAUGGUUGGACUGGGCAUCCAAGUCGCAGGGUAGUAACUAAAUGUAGCAUGUAGAACGAGCUGGCUCUUCUAAGGAAAAUCAAAACAUUUCAUCCGUUCU